CUUUAUUAAGAUACAUUCAAGAAACUUCCAACUUUUUUCGUCUGUAUUGUAUCAAUGGCAACAUCGUCUGGGAGAUAUUUCUUAUCUACUCAUUUUUGGGGACCAGUUGCAAAUUGGGGAUUUGUUGUGGCUGGACUCAGUGAGAUUCGCAAAGACCCUGAACGUAUUUCUGGUCGUAUGACUGGUGUAUUAUGUUUUUACAGCAUCUUGUUUAUGCGCUUUGCUAUCGCCGUUCAACCUCGUAACAUGCUGUUGUUCGCAUGCCACUUUUGCAACUCGAGCGUUCAAGCAGCUCAGCUAUAUAGGCUUUACAACUAUCGGAAAAACCAACCCCCUGCAGCAAAUGUGUUAGAUGCUAAGUGAUUCUUUGUACUACAAUGUGAGAUGGUGAUGCCCAUCAUGAGCAUUUAAUCAUAG